CGUAAACAUGGUAAAACAGCAAGAGCGCUAUAAAACCUGCAGGAUUAGAGAGCCGGACUUUACCAUCACUCACAGCUGUAAUGUACACGAUCAUAAAGUCAGCAGAGCAUUAAUAACUCAAUGGCCAGAGUUUUAUGGCUUUAUCUUGUAGAAGUGAUAGUGUGUUCAGCCGUCACGCUUUGAGUUCCCUGCGCUUUCCAGAAGAAAUCACUUUAUUCUCAAAGCUCUGCGUGUGUUUGUGAAGUGAACUGUGUGGGAAAUGCGGAUGGCGGUGUCUAAAUCUACAUUAUCGAUCGUUUUUAUAGUUCUGGGAGGUUUGGCGGUUUUAUUCGGGACUGUGCUGGUGUUUGUCGGACCUAUUAUAAUAGACGAUCAAAUAGUGAAGAAUGUAGAGAUUAACCCAAACAAUGGACUCUCCUACACUAUGUGGAAGGACAUCCCGGUUCCCUUCUUUAUGUCUGUAUAUUUCUUUCAUAUUGUCAAUCCUGAUGAAAUCCUAAAAGGAGAAAAGCCCACGGUGGUACAGAGGGGGCCGUAUGUGUACCGUGAAAACCGUUGGAAGGACAACAUCACAUUCCAUGACAACCACACCGUCUCGUAUAAAGAAUUUCGGCAGUAUUUCUUUGAGGAGAGCAUGUCUGUGGGAGAUGAAUCUGACGUGGUCACCAUCCCUAACAUGCUAGUGCUGGGUGCAUCAGUAAUGAUGGAGAAUAUGCCAUUUCCUGUACGCUUGCUGCUCAGCACCACGUUCAAGACCUUCAACGAGGGACCUUUCUUGACAAAACCAGUUGGAGAACUCAUGUGGGGUUACGACAGCAAGUUGGUGGACUUCCUGAACAAAUACCUCCCUGGAAUGCUCCCAACCAGUGGGAAGUUUGGCUUAUUUGCUGAGUUUAACAACUCCAACACUGGACAGUUCACUGUCUUCACUGGCCAAGACAACAUCCGGAAAGUUCAUAUGGUGGACUCUUGGAAUGGCCUGAAAAGUGUGGAUUACUGGAGGUCUGAAGAGUGUAACUUGAUCAAUGGUACAGCGGGUCAAAUGUGGCCUCCGUUCAUGACCAAAGAGUCGACGAUGCCCUUCUAUAGCCCUGAUGCGUGCAGGUCCAUGGAGCUGGUGUACCAAAGGCCAGGCGUGUCGCGUGGGGUUCCUGUGUACCGCUUCGUGGCUCCAAAGACUCUUUUUGCCAACGGUGCAGAUUAUCCUCCCAAUGAGGGCUUCUGUCCAUGUCGACAGUCCGGCCUUCUCAACGUCAGCACCUGCAGACACAAUUCCCCUGUGUUCAUCUCCCAUCCGCACUUUUUGGAGGCUGAUCCCGUCCUUUUGGACACAGUCAAUGGAUUGAGCCCAAAUGAAGAUGAACAUGGGCUUUUCAUCGAUAUCCACCCGGAGACCGGAGUGCCAAUGAAAGUUUCCAUUCGGCUGCAGCUCAACCUGCUCAUCAAGAGUGUGUUUGGCAUCUCAGAAACCGGAAAUAUAGCUGAAGUGGUGAUGCCCAUGAUCUGGUUUGAAGAGAGCGGCUACAUUGAUGGUCCCGUCCUCAACACGUUCCGCACCAGUCUGGUGGUGCUGCCCAUGGUCAUGGAGUACAUGCAGUACAUCUUCAUCGCUCUCGGACUCGCAGGCAUUUUGGGAGCCGUGAUGUUAUACGUCAAUGACAAGGAAAGCGUAAAAGAUACAAAACACGACCCGACCAAUGAGACGGAGGCUGAAAAACAUAGCAUGAACGACACAGGUAAAAAGUAGGAUGGGUGAUCACCCCAGCGCAGAUGUGGACCCAUCCAGCUCAGCCAGUGAAAAGACCCCAUUACUACGGACC